AUGAGAGCUUCUGAAAUGGGAACGAAAAAUUUAGAUCCUCAAGAUAUUGUAAACAUUGAAUUACUUGAUUUCGACAAAAAGAAUCGUGAAAUCAAUGAUUUUACCAACCGUCUAUCAUCUGGAAACAAUCCAGCUGAUUCAAAGUAUAUCACCACCUGUAUAGAUUAUUUCAUUAAUGUAGGGUGUCUGGUAAUGGAUAUAAUGCAUUUUUGUUAUCACAUUGAAAACACCGAUAAAUAUAUUGUUGAUAAAGUAAUUCAGAAAUCGUUGCAGAAUUCACGAAAAAUGUUUCAAGCUGUACUUGAUGUUAAAGAGGCAAGACUACUGGAACUUAAUAAUAAAUAUGAUGAAAAAUAUGUGUUAGAGCAAAAUGAGCAAGGGAUCGUGAGAGAUACUUCACGAUUAUCAGAUUACAGAAAGAUUUUUGAUAAGAAAUUAAUUACAACAAUACAGCGUGAAGUGGAAAUCAUAAUGGGAUACUGCAAUGUUCUGUUUGAGAAAGAAAAUGACAAAAAAGUAAGAUGUCAACUUAUUCUGACAAACAUACUUACUGGUCUUAUUAACGCCAACGUAUUCCUACAAAAAAUUCCAAUUAAAAGUGAAAUAAUGAACGAUACACAACUUGAAUUACGUUUGAAUAUAUUUGUUACUGAUAUAGUACGAUCAUGGUCUUCUCAAGUGGUAGUUUUUAAUCAGUUUGUAUUCGAUGAGCUGUGUCAAAAUCAGAACAUAAUAAGAGAAUAUUGCGCAGAGCAAAAGGUUGAAAUUACCACAGAAACAUUGUUAAAAAAUGUAGCUGAAUUUAAUAUAUUCAGGAAAUGGUUAGGAGUAAAUGUUUGGGGAAGCAAGGCUUGA